AUGCAUCGCUUCCCCCUGGUCUCGCCACAGAGGUCAACGCUUCAGCUGCUGCCCUGCACGGUGUCUCAGCUGCUCUCUGCUCCUCGAGGCGGCAACGACGCCUUCACCGUCUGUGGCUGGGAGCUCAACCAGGUGUCCGUCGUCGGCGUCAUCGGGGGCGUGGCCCCCUUUGUGACGAACAUCCAGUUCUCCGUGGACGACAUGACCGGUCCGCCGUUAAACGUGAAGCAGUGGGUCAACGCGGAGGACGGCGCUCCGAUGACCUCCGCCUCUCCCGGAACGUACGUGAAGGUCAUUGGAAGUCUACGCAGCUUCAAUGGUCAAAGGUCAUUGCUGGCGAUGAACAGCCGACGCAUCAAGGACCUGAACGAGAUCACAUCCCACAUGUUGGACGUGGUGCAUGCCCAUCAGCAGCAUUUUGGGAAGGUAUUUGAUGUGAAUAUGAACGUCACUGCUGCCUCGCCGUCUGGAGGACUCAAGCAGAGCGGUGACGGGCAUCUUCGAGUCCCCUUACUGAAUGGUCUGUCCCCCCUCCAGGCUCAGGUGCUGACCGCUCUCCGGGGGUUCUCCGUCAGCCACCCAGGCCUCGGUUUCCGCGAGCUGCAGGCGCAGCUGGACGACCGCAGCCCGAGAGACGUCAGAACAGCCUUGACCUUUCUGAUGGGUGAAGGUCACGCCUUCUGUACCAUUGAUGAGCAUCAUUUCAAGGCGACGGAGUAUUAGCGGUCGGCCGGGGACCUCGUGGAACGUCGGACGUCAGCGUCCUGGAUCGGGAUGAACUCACUCCCCACAUAUGUAUGGGGACAUGAAUCCUAUGUUUUAGUUAUAUUUAGUUGGUUAUGACGUGAUGGAGCAGCCGGCUUUGUAUGUCUCAGUCUCUUUAACUCUAUAUAUAUUAUUUAUUGCCUGUAUGUGUUGCUCAGGCUUAUGUUUCACCGUGUUCUGUGUGUGUGUCUUUUGUUUUUAGGUUGUUUGUGUUCUGAAUUUGUGGGUCCCCUGCAUUCUUAUGCUGUGUAUAAAAAAUGACGUUCGAGGUUAA